AGCAGUCUGACUUCAGAGGAGGAGGAAUUGGUUCUUACUGUAUUUUAUUUUUAAUACCCGAUCACCGUCAAGGAUUGUUUUAAACCGCGUCUUAAAAAAUCGCAAAAAAAUCAGGACAACGACACAGAUAAAGAAUUUAGUUCUGACACUAAGAAAAAGAUUUAAACCAUGCCGUCCAAAACGACGAAAAGCUCAACUGCUGCAAGGCAAAAGGGAAAGGGGGCGCAGCCUCAGGAUGACUCCGACGAGGAGUUGGAUGUACCCCCUGCAGAAAUGAACUUAAAUGGCCAAGGAGCAACACCGACAAAUGAUGCCGCUCCGAGUGUGCCUGUCGAGGCGGUUGAUAAUCGAAGUUUGGAGGAGAUUCUCGGUAGCAUCCCUCCACCCCCGCCCCCAGCAAUGACCAAUGAACCGGGCGCUCCUCGCUUGAUGAUAACGCAUAUUGUUAACCAGAACUUUAAAUCAUACGCUGGCAAGCAGAUACUGGGGCCUUUUCACAAGCGCUUUUCCUGUAUCAUUGGUCCAAACGGCAGUGGAAAGUCCAACGUGAUAGAUUCAAUGCUCUUUGUGUUUGGAUAUAGGGCUCAAAAGAUUAGGUCCAAAAAGCUCUCAGUGCUCAUUCACAGCUCUGACCAACACAAGGACAUCCAGAGCUGCACUGUAGAGGUGCAUUUCCAGAAAAUUACUGACAAGGAAGGAGAUGACUACGAAGUCAUCCCUAACAGCAAGUUCUGUGUUUCAAGAACCGCCAGCAAAGAUAAUUCCUCAGCCUACCACAUCAAUGGCAGGAAGGCAACCUUCAAAGACGUUGGAAUUUUGCUGCGUAGUCAUGGCAUAGACUUGGACCACAACAGAUUUUUGAUUUUGCAGGGAGAAGUGGAACAGAUUGCCAUGAUGAAGCCCAAGGGGCAGACGGAGCAUGACGAGGGCAUGCUGGAGUACCUGGAGGACAUCAUCGGCUCCUGCCGGCUCAAAGAGCCCAUCCAGACCUUGUGUCGGCGCGUGGAGCAGCUCAACGAACAGAGGGGUGAGAAGCUGAACCGUGUAAAGAUGGUGGAGAAGGAGAAGUCUGCUCUGGAAGGGGAGAAGAACACAGCGGUGGAGUUUCUCACACUGGAGAAUGAGAUCUUUAAGAAUAGAAGUUACCUAUGCCAGUUCUACAUCCACGACCUACAGAAGAGGGUGACUGAGAAAGAAGCAGAGAAACACAAGAUCCAAGAAGACACCAAGGAACUUGCAGAGAAAAACAACAAACUUAAUGAGGAGAUGAAAGAGAGAACUCAGGACCUGAAAAAUGUUGAAAAGAAACUGGGGAAGCUGACAAAGUUCAUUGAAGGCCAGAAGGAGAAGUUUACCCAGCUGGACCUGCAGGAUGUGGAGGUGCGCGAGAAGUUGAAGCACUCCAAGACCAAGACCAAGAAGCUGCAGAAACAGUUACAGAAGGACAAGGAGAAGCUUGAGGAAGUGAGGAACAUCCCUGCUAGCAGUGAGAAGACCAUUACUGAGGCCACAGCAAAGAGAGAAGACCUGGAAAAACAGAAAGUUACAGAGGAGGAAAAGCUGAAGAAAGUGAUGGAAAGCCUGAAGGAAGAGACCAGUGGCUUGCAGCAAGAUAAAGAGGCGAAGGAGGCGGAACUGAUGGAACUGAGUAAGGCAGUGAAUGAGACCCGCUCUCGGAUGGACGUGGCCCAGUCAGAGCUAGACAUUUACUUGAGCCGCCACAACACGGCGGUGACCCAGCUCAACAAGGCCAAGGAGGCUCUGCAGACCGCCACAGAGACCCUGUGUGAGAGGAAGGCUGCCAUCAAGGACCUUCAAGUCAAGAUCCCAAAGUGCGAGCAGGAGCUGAAAAAGGAUGAGCAGGAGCUGGAGCAGAUCAGUCAGGCGGAUGGGCGGGUGCGGGAGGUGGUCAAGGACAUGAGGCAGAAGGUGGAGGAGGCCAAGAGUUCUCUGUCCUCCAACCGCAGCCGGGGGAAGGUGCUGGAUGCCCUCAUGCAGCAGAAGAGGAGUGGCAAAAUCCCCGGCAUCCUGGGACGGCUGGGAGACCUGGGAGCCAUUGAUGAGAAGUAUGACAUCGCCAUCUCCUCAUGCUGCGGCUCACUGGACAAUAUCCUGGUGGACACCAUCGACACGGCCCAGAAGUGCGUCAACUUCCUCAAGUCCCAAAACAUUGGGGUCGCCACUUUCAUCGGGUUGGACAAGAUGAAGGUGUGGGAGAAGAGCAUGGGGCCGAUUCAGACCCCUGAGAACAUGCCCCGCCUCUUUGACAUGGUGAAGGUGAAUGACGAAGCGGUGCGCCCAGCGUUCUACUUUGCCUUGCGUGACACACUGGUGGCCAACAACCUGGAGCAGGCCACACGGCUGGCCUUCCAGAAGGACAAGCGCUGGAGAGUUGUGACCCUGCAGGGCCAGAUCAUCGAGCAGGCCGGUACUAUGACUGGAGGGGGCGGGCGCGUGAUGCGCGGCAGGAUGGGCUCUUCUCUCGGAACUGAGGUCACACAGGAGGAGCUCGAUAAGAUGGAGAGCAAGCUGAGCGAGCAGGUGGUGCAGCUGCAGAGCUGCCAGGAGGGGAAGCUGCAGCUGGAGGAGAAGGUCCACAGGCUGAGGAAGGAGCUACGUGACAUGAAGAACACUCUGGAGAAGUACAACGCCAGCAUCCAGAGCCUGUCGGAGCAGGAGGUUCACCUCAAGUCUCAGAUGAAGGAGCUGGAGGCCAAUGUCGUGGCAGCAGCUCCUGAUAAGAACAAGCAGAAACAGAUGGAGAAAAGCCUGGAGGCCUUCAAGAAAGAUUUCGAAGCAGCAGCGAGCAAAGCGGGGAAAGUGGAGGCCGAGGUGAAGCGGCUACACAACCUCAUUGUGGACAUCAACAGCCACAAGCUGAAGGCACAGCAGGACAAGCUGGACAAGGUCAACAAAGAACUGGAUGAAUGCUCCUCUGCCAUCACCAAGGCCCAGGUGGCCAUCAAGACUGCUAGCAGAAACCUUAAGAAAUCUGAGGAGGCCGUUUCCCGCACGGAGGCAGAGAUUCAGGAGAAUGAGAAAGCCAUUGAGGAGAUGACCGAGCAGCUGAAGAAGCUGGAGGAACAAGCUGCUGACAUCAUGAAGGAGUGCCAGGAGGCUGAGGAGGCGCUGCCGGAGGUGCAGGAGCAGCACCGUGGCGUGCUGCAGGAGAUCAAGGCCAUCCAGGAGCAGGAGCACGCGUUGCAGAAGGAGUCCCUCAGCGUGCGGUUGAAGGUGGAGCAGAUCGAGGGAGCCAUUACUGAGCACCAGAAUAAAAUCAAGCACUGGCAGAAAGAGGCCUCAAAGAUCACACUGCACGCGAUCGAUGACCAGCCGGCUGAGGAACUGCCCAAGCUGACCCCCGAAGACCUGGAGGCCGGCCAGAACCCUGACGUCAUCACCAACAAAAUCGCCCUGCUGGAAGCCCGCUGCGACCAGAUGAAGCCCAACCUGGGGGCCAUCGCCGAGUACAAGAAAAAGGAGGCCCUAUACCUGCAGCGUGUGGCAGAACUGGAUGAAAUCACUACGCAGAGGGACAGCUUCAAGCAGGCCUGCGAGAACCUGCGCAAGCAGCGGCUCAAUGAGUUCAUGGCCGGCUUCAACAUCAUCACCAACAAGCUGAAGGAGAACUACCAGAUGCUGACUUUAGGGGGCGAUGCGGAGCUGGAGCUGGUGGACAGCCUGGACCCCUUCUCUGAGGGAAUCAUGUUCAGUGUGCGACCCCCAAAGAAGAGCUGGAAGAAAAUCUUUAACCUGUCUGGUGGGGAGAAGACGCUUAGCUCUCUGGCCCUCGUCUUUGCCCUGCACCAUUUCAAGCCCACUCCUCUCUACUUCAUGGACGAGAUUGAUGCUGCCCUUGACUUCAAGAACGUGUCUAUCGUGGCUUUCUACAUCUAUGAACAAACAAAGAAUGCCCAGUUCAUCAUCAUCUCGCUGCGGAACAACAUGUUCGAGAUUGCAGACCGGCUGAUUGGCAUCUACAAAACUCACAAUACCACUAAGAGUGUGGGCAUCAACCCCAAAACCAUUGCCUCCAAAGAGCUGUUGGAGGUGGGCUCAGCCUGAAAAACUCAACAUGAGCUUUCACUGCAGGCUGUAGAAAAAUAAUUGGCAUACUUGUCCUGUCUGAAUUUUUAUAUGUAUUUCUAUGUGUAUACAUUGGACAUCUUUACCUCUUUUUUUUCACUGUGACAAAGCUGUCUUUUUAUA